AAAUAGUCAUUUUUUUUAAAAAGAAUUAAAAUUUUAUGGGGUUUUUCUCAGUAAAUGGAGAGCGGGGAUGGAGAUUUUCUAGGGUUUCUGGAUGAGAUUUUUAGGGUUUCAGUUCAGCUUUACUGUGAUUUCUAGUGAGAAAUUCACGGGAAUUCCUUUUAUUUUCAUUUUCUGGAUAUAAUGGGAGGGUUGCACUUUCUCUUGAAGCAUUGGAUGAUCUGAGUUUGAGAUGAAGCUUUCAUCCUCUGGUUCGAAUCCUCGUGGGCUUGAAGGAGAAAAGAGAUGUUUGAAUUCAGAGCUUUGGCAUGCAUGUGCCGGGCCUCUAGUGUCUUUACCUGCGGUUGGGAGUAGGGUUGUCUACCUUCCUCAGGGUCACAGUGAGCAGGUUGCGGCGUCAACAAACAAGGAAAUCGAUGCUCACAUACCUAACUACCCCAGCUUGCCUCCCCAACUCAUCUGCCAACUUCAUGAUGUUACCAUGCAUGCAGAUGUGGAGACGGAUGAAGUUUAUGCUCAAAUGACCUUGCAACCUCUAACUCAGCAAGAGCAAAAGGACGCAUAUGUCCCCACUGUACUUGGUUUUCCAAGUAAACAACCCACAAAUUAUUUUUGCAAGACUUUAACUGCAAGUGACACCAGCACUCAUGGAGGCUUCUCUGUCCCUCGCCGCGCAGCUGAGAAAGUUUUUCCUCCUUUGGAUUUCACUCAGCAGCCACCCGCCCAGGAGCUUAUUGCAAGGGAUCUUCAUGAUGUUGAGUGGAAAUUCAGACACAUAUUCCGAGGCCAGCCAAAGAGGCAUCUUCUUACAACUGGUUGGAGUGUAUUUGUUAGUGCUAAGAGGCUUGUUGCGGGUGAUUCUGUUAUUUUUAUAUGGAACGACAAGAAUCAGCUUCUUUUGGGAAUCCGACGUGCCACUCGACCACAGACUGUAAUGCCUUCGUCUGUGUUAUCGAGUGAUAGCAUGCACAUAGGCCUACUUGCUGCCGCUGCUCAUGCUGCUGCUACGAAUAGCCGUUUCACAAUUUUUUAUAACCCAAGAGCUAGCCCAUCUGAGUUUGUUAUACCAUUUGCAAAGUUUGCCAAAGCUGUUUAUCACACUCGUAUAUCAGUUGGCAUGCGUUUUAGAAUGCUGUUUGAAACAGAAGAGUCUGGUGUUCGCAGGUAUAUGGGUACUAUAACUGGCAAAUGUGAUUUGGACCCAGUUCGUUGGUCAAAUUCACAUUGGAGGUCCGUCAAGGUUGGUUGGGAUGAGUCUACUGCCGGUGAAAGGCAACCGAGAGUAUCACUAUGGGACAUUGAACCUUUGACAACAUUUCCUAUGUACCCAUCACCAUUUGCUCUCAGGCUAAAACGUCCUUGGCAGCCUGGGUUACCAUCACUUUAUGAUGAUAAAGAUGAUGAAGGUAAUCCCGUCAUGUGGCUGAGAGGGGAUAAUGGAGAAAGAAUCCCUGCCCUCCAGUCCCCAAGCUGCCAAAAUCUCGGCAUAGGCAACCCUUGGAUGCAACCAAGGCCUGACCUAUCUCUUCAAGGAAUGGAAUCCAAUUUCUACCAAGCAUUGGCUGCCUCAGCCUUGCAAGAAAUAAGAAGUGGUGAUCUUGUCAAAGCUCCCUUUCUUCAGUUCCAACAACAAUUCAAUGCACAACCCCAGUAUCAGUGCUUCUCAAACCCAUUGCUACAAAGGCAAUUUCUUCAGCAAUCUAACUCUCAAAAAAGUGUCACACACCAGAACCCAACUGUAAAUGAAAAUAUGAACCAGACCCAUCUUCUUCAAUCCCAGCUAAACCACUCAUUUGGUAAUCCAAUCCAUCAUGAGCAGUUCCAUGUUCCAAAUGCGACCACUGCUUUGUCCCAACUUGCGAUUUCAAACUCCUGUUCUCUCUCUCAACCAACCACCCAUGGCCGCCCAUCAGCUUUUGCAGAUUCAAACCCCUCCCUCUCUAGCUUUCAAACAGCAGAUUCCAAUCCUUCUCUCUCUAGCUUACGAAGUGUCAUGGGUCCUUUUUAUUCGGAUGAAAAUGCCACCCUUUUGAAUAUGGAAAAGACCAGUCAGGGCAUGAUCCAUCCUCAACAAGUAAGUUUUCAUACUCAUACUCCCCAGUCCAUGGUGGAGCAUGAAAAUGGGACUUCAGACACCCAGGGUCCUCUUCUUUUUGGUGUUAACAUAGAUUCAUCUUCUCUCAUUCUUCCCAACUCUGAUUCAACCCUAAGGCUCAGGACUAUGGAAGGCAGUGCAGACUCAGGACUGUUGCAGUUCUCUGCUCAAGGUUUUCAGGCUGCCUCUAUCGGGGCUUUUGGCUGCCCCAAUGACUCGGGGUUGCUGCAUAAUAUGGAGCAGAGAAAACCACAUAACCCAAUCUUAGUAAAGAUCUACAAGACUGGGUGUGUAGGGAGAACUCUGGACAUCAGCCAGUUCAGCAGCUACGAGGAGUUGCGAGGAAAGGUGGCUGACAUGUUCGGGCUUGAGGGGCAGUUGGAUGACCCUCUGAGAUCAGGCUGGCAGCUUGUAUUCGUCGACCGGGAGAACGAUGCGCUUCUCCUCGGCGACGGUCCUUGGGAGGCGUUUGUAAAUAAUGUUUGGUAUAUCAAAAUACUUUCGCCCCAUGAUAUACAAAUGAUGGGUACCAAUGGCGUUGACCAGUUACAUAGACAGAGCAAUGGCAACCACAGGGAUUAUACAACCUCGCAUGACCAUGAGUCCUUGAACCCAAGCACUGGUGUUACUUCUGUUGGUACCCUUGACUAUUGAAGAACCUGAGGUACUUAUUUUACUUUUGGUAUUAUUAUUUCAAUCUCGGCAACCAUCUGGGCUGCAGAAAUCUUAAAUGGUCCAAGAUUUGUUGUAGGAUGUUAUGGUGGUGGGCACUAGAUGGUGGUUGAAAAUGGUCAUGUUGUUUAUGUGUAUAUAUAUGCAUGUAGACUGAUUAUUGUGUGGCUCGUAGUUAACUGUAUGUCAGUCCUUUGUACUGUUUUCUCAUGAUAAGUGAUCUCCUUUUAUGAACGAUAUAGCCUAUGAGAAAAAUUUCACCUUUCUUCCGGUUUC